UCCUUAUCUUUCAGCAUCUUGCUCCGUUUCUGGAAAAAAGUCGUCAGAGAGUUGAGACUGGAGCUCGACUCCUGCGCCGUUUCGAGCGAAGUUGGAGAGAUUGUCAAAGCCUGCAGGCAGGAUUGAAGAGCAUAUAAGCGCAGUAGUUAAGAAUUAGGAGAAGAUAUCUCUAGAGUGGAAAGUUGACCUUGACACUCUAACGAAGUCUAAUCGAUAGUCGAGAAUUGGCAUCUUGAAAAAGAAUUAAAAAAUGGCGUUCAAUUUUGGAAUGUCUAACAAUUCCACCGUUGCCGAGCAGCAGCGUGUCGAGCAUGGGCCUUUCGUUAUCCCUUUUCCGAGGGGAAAAACUAGAGAAGAGAGCCCAUUUGGUCUCCAAUUGUCCGGCAACCAUCGCAUGGACAAUGAACGAGUUCAGAUCCGUAUUGCAGCUCUUCAGCAUGGAAUGAACGUCUUAGUUGAGAACGGUGGCAGCAUCCUUACACCACGGCAUCCGGGUACAAAGUCACGAAAGAUCCUCGAAAUUUCGGAUGACCUGGAUUCCAUCUAUGCUCGUUUCUAUGCGGAUAAAGUAUUCACGACCAAAGACCGUCCUUCGGGAUACGUCGCUGCACACUGGAAUGAUCCCGCCAAGAUUCAGGAAAGAAUCCCGCGGAAGCAAGAAAGUCUGAUGAAAGCGCUCUUCACGAUCGCCAUGUACGAGGCCAGCUUUCAACGGGCAAGAUUUGGUUUUGAGACCUUUCGUCGUCCAGCAAAACUCCGGGAUGAUAAUACAAUUGUUUCUGACUAUUUGACAGAGCUGGUCAGCAUGGAGCAUGACGAGGCACAUGGGCCACUUCCGGGCUUCGUCUUUGACUAUGAAAGCAGCGGCGGCCAUCCAUCUAUCGACAUAGGCCCUGCUCAUGACCACAAACUCUUUCGUGCCCUAUGGCCUAGACUUCGUGCCAUUGCAGCAGAAGACAAGGAAAUUAUCGCUAUGCCGCUUCAAGAUUAUGGCGAAAAAAUGGUGAUCAGAGGGGUCGUCGACAAUGUCAUUGAAACAGUACAGUCCGGGAAACGGCCCGACUUUCGAAGACUGGCGAGGGAGUACUAUCUCUACAGGAAUUUUGUCAAGCGGAGCUCGCGCGAAGAUAACGUUAUUAUCUCACAGACCAACACGGAGAAUCCACGGCCACAUCGACGCUGGGCGGAGUCGGGGAUAUGCAAGCGGUCGUUGUACGAGCACUCGUAUAGGGUAUGGAAAAGACAGCGGGCGUUCAAACUUAUGCGGCAAUCGCGGGACAAAUUGCAAGAGGGGCUAUUCUCAUGGGACAUCGAAGACUUAGUUGAAUUUUUCAUAGAGCCACGUCGGUCAUUGUACGAGGACAUGGUCCGGGACGAAUCUGUGAUUCGCACCGACUUUAAAAGGGCUUGCCGGGAAGUUUGUGGCGAGGACGACCGGUGGUUUCAAUCAAUGUUGAACGGAGACCCCAGCUCUGGACUGAGGUUGAAGAAGUAUGAAUACCCCAGUGGAAUUCAUUGCCCUCCGCUUGAGCCAGUUGAUACACAAGAGUUGGAUGUAAGGCUUACCGAUGAGCAAGCUUUUGCCUUGAUUGAUAGUAUGUGAACCCUAACGACCUGUGAGAAACAAAGAUAUUUCUCGGACUUGGUAGGGUGUCUUGGGUGGGAGACUAGCUUUCAGAUUCGGUAGAUGAUUCUAGAGAGUUUGCGGGCUAAGGGAGUAGGAGGAUGUCCGACGGAUCAGGAGCCAUAAAAUGGGGGGCCCCGGAAGGGGGGAAGAAAAAGGGAACAUUGAGACAAGGAAGGUCUGAAAAAUCUUUCUUGAAUUUAUGUAUUUAUUCCAUGUAGUUAGACAGAA